AUGACGGACGUACCUACAAAUGCAAAUGUCGGAUGUCCAGGAGUGGGCAGUGCUGGGGCUGGAAAAGCCGCUGGUUGUGCCGGUUGUCCUAAUCAGGGCUCUUGUUCAACUGGCCAAGCUCCAAAACCUGACGAGGACAUCAGAUUGAUUCAGGAUCGCUUUAGUGGCAUCAAACACAAGAUUCUGAUUCUUUCGGGAAAAGGUGGUGUAGGUAAAAGUACUGUCACCACUUGUUUAGCUCGCGCACUCGCAUCGGAUCCGUCGAAGCAGGUUGCAAUACUCGAUGUGGACAUUUGUGGCCCAUCACAGCCACGAAUGCUCGGCGUUGAGAAUGAGGAAGUUCAUGAUAGUGCUGAUGGAUGGACUCCGGUAUCAGUGCGAGAGAAUCUCUUACUUAUGAGCAUCGCUUUCUUGUUGGGUUAG